AUGAUUCUCACCUGGCUGCUGCUGGCUGUGCUGGCCGCUCUCACGGCGGCAUCAAAGUCCCUCCCCGCGACCUCGAGCCCCUCCUCUGCGCCCUGGUCGUCCUCCCCAAUCUCGGGAAUGGACUCGACUUCCUGCCGUGCCCUCACAAUCACUGAGACCGUCACUUCCACCAUCUGGCCAACGAUCAUCACUCUGCCACCAUGGUACUACAACACGACGACCAGCACCGCCAGCACGCCAGCACGGUCAUCAAUUGGGCCCACGACCUUCACCAUACCGCUGCACAACACCAGCAAGGCGUCCACCAGCACCAUACCAGACUUGUCCUGGAGCGUGAUCGUGCCUACACUCUCCCUCAUCACCACGACAGACUCCCACGACUACCCACCGGCCUCAGCAAAUGUCACCUACCCGUGGUCUGCAACCGGCUACAUUCCACCCAUCCCAUCAGUCAACCACACCAUCACCGUGUACCCGGCAAGCUCUGGUGUACCCAUAUCGUCUGCCAACAACAGCUACACCUGGAUUCCAGCAACCUUCACAACACCGCGGUCGUUCCCCAACGACACCUUCACUUGGAUCCCGGCAACCUCGACUGCACCCAAUCCCUCCACCAGCCAUACCUCCACGUCGCUCCCAACGAGCUUCACGGCAACCACUUCGUCUCCGAGCGUCAUCACCACUUGGAUUCCAGGAGAGCGGAGUCCCACGAUCAUCAUACUGACGACAAUCUCUUCGUCUGACAGCAUCAUCACCACCUGGAUCCGCACAACUCUUACCGGUACGUUCUCGAACCCGAAAUGGUCGCCAACGAGUACACCUACUCUAUCGACACCUACUCUCUCGACAACUGGCUCGAAGAAGGAGGGUUGA